AUGUUAACUCGAGAAGUUUGUUUUUUAAAAAGAAUAUUUGGCUCUGAUGAUUGUUGUCCCAAUGUGCUAAAUGAAGUUUCGAAUGAAAUUCUGAAAAGGUGUGGAGGCCUGCCAUUAGCUAUUAUCAGUAUAUCUGGUUUGUUGGCAAACAGACCAGCUAUGAAAGAGGAGUGGGAAAAGGUUAAAAGGUCAAUUGGUUCUGCACUGGAAAAUAAUCAGAGUCUAGAGGGAAUGAGUAGCAUACUAUCUCUUAGCUAUAAUGAUCUUCAACCUCAUCUGAAGACAUGUUUGUUAUAUUUAAGUGUAUUCCCUGAGGAUUAUGUGAUUGACAGAAAUAGGCUUGUGAGGCGAUGGAUAUCAGAAGGCUUUAUCUCAGAAGAGCGUGGACAAAGCCAACAAGAAGUUGCCGAGAAAUACUUUUAUGAGCUUAUCAAUAAAAGCAUGGUCCAAGCAGUGGACAUUGGGGAUGAUGGUAAGGUUAAUGCCUGCAGAGUCCAUGACAUGAUGCUUGAAAUUAUUAUUUCAAAAUCAAUUGAAGAUAAUUUCGUCACCAUAGUGGGUGGAAGCCAAACAAGUUUGACAAACCACCAUGGUUUUAUCCGGCGACUAUCAGUUCAGCACAUUGACCAGGAGGCUGUAUCUGCAUUGGCAAAUGAAGAUCUCAGCCAUGUUCGAUCUCUAACGGUAACAUCAUCAAGUUGCCUGAAACACUUCCCUUGUCUUGCUGAAUUUGAAGCUUUGCGUGUAUUGGACUUUGAGGAUUGCUGGGAUUUGGAAGAGUAUGACAUGGACAAUAUGGACAAAUUAUUCCAACUAAAGUAUCUCAGUCUGGGCAGUGCAGACAAAUCAAAGCAACCACGAAGAACUAUGGUGCUAGAUGGUGUACUAACCCUAGAUCCUAGGGAAAGACAGACGGAAGUGUUGCCAGCUGGAAUUGAGCGCCUUACGAAACUGCAAUAUCUAAUCACUAGGGGGUAUCAUUGCAAGGUACCUAAUGGGAUUGGAAAUAUGAGCAGCUUACGGGUGAUCUCAACUUUUGAUAUUACCAGGAGUUCAGUGGAUGCAGUGGAGGAGCUUGGGAACCUAACCAGACUGAACGAACUUCGUUUAUGGUUGGAUUUUGGAGACGGGUAUAAGAGGCAUUAUGAGGUGCUUCUAUCCUUACUAUGCAAGUUUAGCAGCUGCAAACUCCAGUUCCUUCAUAUAAAUGGAACAAAAGGCUUCAUCAACUUCAUUGACUUUUGGUCCCCUCCGCCAUCUUUCCUUCAAAUAUUUUAUAUGUCUGGUGAACUCUUAUUGUCGAACAUUCCAAGGUGGAUUACUCCAGGACUCAAAAGUCUUGCUCACAUAGACAUGACUUUAAAUGAAGUAAGGGGGCAGGAUCUGCACACUCUUGGUGAGCUCCCAUCCUUAGUUAUUCUAAGCUUGAGCUUGAAGACAGGAGUAAAAGGAAAGCUGACCGUAAUUGGAUUUCCAUGUCUGAAGAGUUUUGACAUCUUUAGUUUGGAUGGGGCAUAUGUAACGUUCACAAAAGGAGCUAUGCCAAAGCUUGAGAAGCAUCUUCUGUCAGGCGAUGCGGCAGUGAUGAAUACUCAGGGGUUUUAUUUAGGCUUCGAGCAUCUAUCGUGUCUCAAAGAAAUAGAAAUAAGGACUUGGAAGCGUGGUGCCACACAUCAGGAAUGCGAUGCAGCAGCAGCCGUGAUCAAGAAAGAAGCACGUGCCCAUCCCAACCGUCCAAAAUUUAAUUACACAUCCAGUAGGCAUAACAAGAUCUAUGAUGCUGAUAGUGACGAGGAAAAGAGCAACGAGGAGGGCAAUUAA